AUGUGCGGCCACGUGGCAGUGGGAGAGGGAGCGAGCACGGACUCAACCACGGUGAGCCCAGCCUCCACUGCUAGACCUCCACCACUGGGCAUGACCGACAUCACACCAGCGCUAUCAGCAUACGCCGUUUACGACGAGGCUGGUGAGACCAGAGAACAGUCCAAUUGGACCUGGUCCCGUGGCGUGGUUACGCAGACAAGCAAUGUUCAUUGCGGUCACCAUUGCAGCCCGUCUCAGAAGGGAACGAUCCUAUACGCAGGCAGUGCGUUAGCUGAUUACGUCUGGAGCGUCGAUGUCGCCGGCGAGGACGACGACGCUUUUGGUAUUGUGUUCCGCGUGGCGGAUACUCAUAAUUUUUAUAAGUUAUAUAAGGUCCGCAAUGGCGUACAGAGCGAGUUAUGGCACGCCUCGACGAACGAGUCCUACGGGAAUGGCCGCGAGUAUACCCUCCAAGUGCGGACGGACGGCUGCCGCUUCGUUGGGCACUACCGAGGCGGCGAGGACUUCGACGUCACAGACCGCGACUGUGUGGCAGCUGGUGGCGUGGGCGCGUAUUCUUGGGGGAGCGGUGGCCAGUGGAGCAACAUGCUCCUGACCACGGUGGCCGGCCGCGGGCAGGGGCGCAGGAUGGACCCGGCCAUCGCGCAAGCCGUCGUCUUCGGGGCCCUCCUGGCAGCUUGCUGCGCGGGCGCGUUCUGCUGCCUCGCCACGAGGUACAAGGUGGCGCGCCCCGCGUCCUCUUCCGGGCUCGCCCACGGGAAGCUCUUCGACGGCGUCGUUGGUGGCUGUGGCGACCAGCACGAGCUUUCGCAGGGCAGCCGAAGAUGCGUCCAAGAGGGCUCCUGGACGGUCUCAGAGGCCAUCUAA